AUUCCCAAGGUUCCCCAGUACUGGGCCAGGGCAGUUAAAGCGGUCUCAAACUGGACUGGACUACUGUAUUUUGGACCUAACAAACACACGCCACCGUAGAAAAAGUGCGCAGAGCUUAUUUUGCCGGGCUGUCACUCCGACCGACGCGGCGCGCCGCAGCCAAUCAGCUCCUCUCCCGCUGGCGUUCGGCCAAUGACGUUGGGACAGAGUGAAAGGUCAAGGCGGCAUCGCCCAAUAGCCGAACCGGGUGGGCAGGACGCGGUGCCAAGAAUCCUCCAAUAGGAACAGGCCGGAGUCUCUCCACCAAUGAGGAGAAGGAAGGAGAACGUUCGGCGUCCAAUGGCUGCGCCCGGGGGCGGGGCGGAGGGAGCGGGAGCCGCAGGACGGAGAGGGCCGCCCUUAACGGACUCCUGGGCGGCGGAGGCGGCGGGAUGGAGUUGGGGGCGGGCGGCGCUGCGGCGGCGUCGGGGCCCGGUCAGCGGAGCGGGGCGGAUGCUGGCCGGCAGCUCCUCCUGCUGGUGGGCGGCGGAGGGGAUCCGGGCUGGGCGUGGUCCUCGGGGGGGCGGCAGUGGCGGAGGCGGGGAGGGGGGUUCUGGCGUGGAGACGGAGCCCGAGUAUGAGGCCCUCCCUCGGGGCUCCGCCGCCUCCACGCACAUGCUGGCCGGGGCCGUGGCUGGAGUGCUGGAGCACAGCCUCAUGUACCCGGUGGACUGCGUCAAGACAAGGAUGCAGAGCCUGCAACCAGAACCUGCUGCUCGAUACCGGAAUGUGCUGGAGGCUCUGUGGAGGAUCGUGCGGACUGAAGGGAUCUGGAGACCCAUGCGUGGAUUGAACGUCACAGCCACAGGGGCUGGCCCUGCCCAUGCCUUGUAUUUCGCCUGCUACGAAAAGUUGAAAAAGACACUUACCGACCUUAUCCAUGCUGGGGGCAAUAGUCACGUGGCCAACGGCGCAGCAGGCUGUGUGGCAACAUUGCUUCAUGAUGCAGCCAUGAACCCUGCAGAAGUGGUAAAGCAGAGAAUGCAGAUGUACAACUCUCCAUACCAGCGAGUGACAGACUGUGUGCGUGCUGUGUGGUGCAAUGAAGGGGCUGGCGCAUUCUACAGAAGCUACACUACUCAGCUGACCAUGAACAUCCCCUUCCAGGCUAUUCACUUCAUGGCAUAUGAAUCUCUACAGGAACACCUCAACCCUCACAGACAGUACAACCCUAGCUCCCAUAUGGUGGCAGGCGCUUGUGCAGGUGCAAUUGCUGCUGCUGCCACAACUCCCUUGGACGUUUGCAAAACACUGCUGAAUACACAGGAGGCCCUGGCACUGAAUACAAACAUCAGUGGGCACAUCACAGGCAUGGCUCACGCAUUCAGGACGGUUUACCGCGUGGGUGGGCUGACUGCCUAUUUCCGUGGAGUGCAGGCACGUGUCAUUUACCAGAUGCCCUCCACAGCCAUUGCCUGGUCUGUGUAUGAAUUCUUCAAAUACUUUCUCACCAAACGAAAGGAGGAACGGUUGGCUGGGAAGUGAAAUUUGACUUCUUCCCUUGAAUUGACUGGUGCCAGACUCAGAUGACAUGCAAGCCUUUGGAAUAAUGAUGCCACCUCUUGCCUGCUGUUGCAUUUUGCACAGCCCAUCAUCCUUAUCUUAAAUGGAUAGUAUGCAAUGAGCAGCAGUUUGUUCUCCCCUUUCUAGCUUGUCACCUAAGAAGCAUCUCUCUUACCCCACCAUGGUUGUAUUCCCUUAAAGCAGAGGGUGACUACCAGAAGUUACUGUGAACACGUUGGAGCUUGGGGCAAUGGCCUACAUCCCCAGAAAUGGUUGCAGUUAUGAGUGAGUGGUGGUAGAAGCAGGAGAAGUGUUAGCUGAGCUGUUGUGUAGUAGCACACUCAUGCACAUACUUUGUGCUCUCUGGGAAGGCUUUGUUGCGGCCCUUGGCACCUCCAAUAAAGUCUGCUUUAUUGUCA